AUGCUGUCGAACACAACGGGCAACGCCAUCCUCUCCAAGGCAACCGACCUGGCCCUCCGCGGGCUGGCGACAUACAUCAAUGGCGGGGUCACGAACAGGACGGUGUACGACGCAAUCCAGGGUCUUCGGUCCAAGGCCGAGGGCACAGUCAAGGAGGCCGUGCUGACGUUUGUGCUUGACAGCAUCGACAGCCAGCUCGCGACGAAGCGCAUGAUGUCGUCGCGGCGAUCGCUGAUGGCGUUCGAGGACCCAUUGUCCGGGGUUCUGUUCGGCGACGCGUCUGUGCUCAGCACGGCUUCUCUUGGCAACCCUCCGGAGGUCCUCCUGACCCCUGGGGGGCGUCAGGCCAAGCUUGGCUCCAUCGGCUGGCUGGACGUGAUCGGCAGCACGGUGUCGGUGUCGUUCGAGAUGCGCAUCAGCAAGACGGCCGCUGGCAGCGACCUGCCAGACCUGCAGGCGCUGUGGUUCUUCUUCGGGACUGCUGAGCCAGCGAGCGUGCGUGAGACGGACCCACGCGGGGGCGUGCUGCUGUACAUGUACGCGGUGUCGUCGACGAACGACGAGCUGGGCGUGCGCACGGGUACACCUACAUCGCUGCAGACGUGGCGGCGGUCAAACGUGAACCUGUUUAGGCAGUGCGCGACGGCGUGGUGCUCAGUGGACGCGACGUUCAAUGUCACGGCUACGGCGGUGACGGGCAGCGUGCGGGUGGUGCGCGCGAGCGGCGCGGCGUCGACGUACAGCUUCUCUGUGGCUGCGCCGGCGGGCGGGCUGCCGGACGUGGCGAACGUGCAGCUGUGGCACGGGAUCGGGGCGCGGCACUCGGCGCUGGAGGCAUACACGCGGGUGCGGUCGCUGUCGGGCGGGCCGGGAGCGAGCACAACGGCACCGCCGACGACUACGGCACCGCCGACGACUACGGCACCGCCGACGACUACGGCACCGCCGACGACCACUGUGCCGGGCGCGACGCCUGGCACAUCAGCGGCAACCAAUGCGCCAGCGGCCACGACGCAGUCCGCGACAACUGCGCCGCCCGCGGAAACAACGGCAUCAGCUGCAACGACGCAGGCAACUACGCCAUCAGCUGCGACGACCGCUCCAGGAACGCCGCGCCUGCCUGGUAUUUUCGACGGCGCUUUGCCGGAUGUCCAGGCGCUGUGCGAGGGCUUGGCGGGAGCCGUCACCGCGGAAGCGGCCGGUCUGGCAGAGAGCGUGGCACAGGCGAUCGUUGACGAGCUGGAUGCGCUGGGCGGCGUGGAGGCGACGGUGCGCGGCGCGAUCAUGGGCGUGGUGGCGGACGCGGCGGCGCUGGCGGACUCGGUCGAGGCGGCCGUUGCAGGAGCGGUUCCAGGUCCCCUGCUGGGUGUGGUAGUUGACGGAGCGCGGGCUGCGAUCGACGACGCGAUUCGGUCGACGGUCAAUGGGGCUGCGCGGGCGCUGUCCGGGUCGGUGACUGGCGAGCUGCGCAACGCCGUGCAGGCGGCGUCUCAGCAGGCCAUCGAGCGCGUCCUUGCUGGCGGGCAGGUGGUGUGCGGUACUGUCCGCGACGCGGUGACGCGCGCGGUGGAGGACGCGGUGAUGCGAGCGCUGGCGGAGCACGGCGGGUCGUGCGCGCUGGGGUCGGUGGCCGACGGCGCGAUGGUGCAGGCGGCUGUGCUGCAGGGCCUGGGCGAGGGCCUGGUGGCGGACGUGCGCACCGAGGUGGAGACGGCGGUGCGGUCGGCGGCGAGCCUGCAGGCGGCGCUGGCGGGCGGCGCGGACGCGGCGACGGUGGCCGCGGAGGUGUCGGCACGGGCGCUGGCGGCGAUGGCCGAGGGCGCAGCUGCCGAGGUGGUGGCGGUGGUGCAGCGGGGCGUUGAGCGGGCGUACUCGGCGCCGCUGCGGGAGGCGCUGCUUGCGGCGGGCGGAUCGACGGUGCGGACGGCGAUCCGCAACGCAGUCGCGGAGGCGCGGCAGGACCCGGUGGGCGCGUUCGACAACGUGGAGGCCAGGCUGCUGGCCAAGGCUGGGGAGCUGCGGUCGGCGGGUCUGGACGCGGUGUCGGCUGUGCUUGAGGCGUCGGUGGGCGUGGAGGGCAUGGUGCGGUCGCUGCGUACGGCGGUGGAGUCGGAGGUGGCCCGCGGCACGGCGGUGGCGGAGGCGGUGGCGGACAGCGUGGGUGCUGCUGCGGAGGCUGACGUGCGGAGCAUCACGGCGGCGGCGGCGCGCGGCGCGCUGGCGGCGCUGGGUCGCGCGGCGUCGGCGGAGGCGGUGGUGCGGAAGGUGGUCGCGGACGUGACGUCUGAGCUGUCAGGGUGCAUGGACCUGGCACGCGCGGUGGCUGGCAACCUGGAGAGCGCGGUGACGGACGCAGUGUCGGGCGUGGUUGCGGCAGCGGAUGUGGAGAGCGUGGCUGCGUCGGUGGUGCGGUCGAUGAGCGAGGCGGUGUCGCGGCGCGUGACGGCGCUGGCCGGCGAGGCUGGUGCAGUGGCGGUGGCGACCCGCGAGGCUGUGCGCGGUGCGGUGGAGACCGCGACGUCGGCAGACGUGCAGGCGGCGGUGGCGCGGGCCGUGGCGGGCGCGGCGAGCGACGCGGAGGCGACGGCGCGCGCGGUGGCCGGGCGCGUGGUGAGCGAGGUUGUGCGCGAGGUGCAGAGCCGCGUCGAGGGCUCGGUGCUGACGGCGGUGCGCGGGGCUGCGUCUGGGAACGGCACGGGCAGCGUGCAGAGCGCGAUGAGCGGCGCGCUGUCGGCGACGGCGCAGGAGGCGGUGUCGGGCGCGGUCGCGAGCGGGCCGGCGGACGCUGGUGCCGUGGCGGAUGCCCUGCGCGGUGGGCUGAGCGGCUCGUCUGGCGGGGCGUCGAGCGACGUGCUGGGGUCGAUCAGGGCCCGGGUGGAGGCCGAGGUGAGCAAGCUGGACGUGAGCGCGGCUGCGGAUGCGGCGCUCGCCAGCGGUGUGGUGCGGUCCGCGCUCGAGGCCAGUGGCAGGCUGCAGGUCACCAGCCAACUGGUCUCCGCGGUCGAAGACACGAUCGCGCUCGCGUUGGCGGGCCGCUCGCGCAGCAUGGAGGGCUCGCUACGGGGGCGUGUGGCGGCUGCUGUGGAGAGCCAGCUGCAGUCGGCCGUGACGCAGGCGGUGAGCGGUUCGGUGCUUGGGCAGGCGCGUGCAGGAGCCACGAUGGCGCUGAGGUCCGAGCUCGACUCGCUCACCACGCGGGUCGCGAACGACGCGCUGCGCACGCUGUCCAAGGCGCUUGCCGACGCGGUGUACAUCCAGCUGCGUCCGGGGCAGAUUGGGCAGCUGUUGGCACCCCUCGUCUACGGCGACGUGUCUACCAAGAUCGUCACUGAUGUCACCAACGAGGUCGCUUUGCGGGUUCGCAGCGCCCUCGAGAGAGCCGUGGACCUGGCCCGCGCGGUGUCCGAGACUGUGGUGUCUUCGGUCUCGACCCUGUUCCAGGAGCGGACGAUCAAGUCCCUCGCGGACAAGGUCACCACGACCGUCAUGGAGCAGAUGUCCGGGAUCAUGGACCAGUUCGAACAAGCUCUCGACGCAUCACUGGAAAGUGUGCUCGUUGAUCUCAUCAAGGUCGCGGUCGCGGGAGACGCGGACUCGAUUUGCGAUUCCGUCGUGAGCGCAGUCGCUGCCGGUGCAUCCCAAACCGUGACGGAUGUCACGGCUAUCGUCGGCGAGCGCCUGACCGUGUCGCUGCGCGGGGCAGUGACGCAGACAGUCGAGGAGUCGAUGCUGAUCGUCUCUGGAGAGGUGCAGCGCGGGCUUCGGGACGCGGGUAUCACGUUGCCGCGGCCGAUGAUCACAGAGGUUGUGGCGGCCGUGCGAGACACGGCGUCAAACUCUGUCACCGAGCCGGCAGUGCUCCUGCUCGAGGAUCAGGUCGUCAACAGGACGCGCGACGCGUUGCUGGCGGCGAUCGAGGACGUGAUCUCGGGGAGGCUGCGCGACGCUCUUUGUGGGCAAGUGGCCUCGGCGACCUCCGGCACCGAGUUCUUCGCGCCCGUCUUCGACGCUGUUAAUCUCGUGGUCGACGGCAUCACUGGCGGUCUGGCCGACCAGCUCGCCAAGUGGGGCCUGGACAUGGGUUUCUUGAACCUCGACUUCAUGGAUCCUUUCCUCCCGAGCGCCUUCGACUUCGGCUACGAAACGACGCGCGGCACGUUCUGGUUUGAUGCCGUCUUCAACGACGCCAUCCGCCUGAACUUCCAGCGAGCCGCCAGUCUGGACGGCACGCGGGCGAACUACGCGCCGACCUUCGAGCUCGUCCGAACGAUCACAGUCUGGGACUUGUUCGGGAUACUCGGUGACGUCCUGGACUCUGCUGGCCUGUUCGACUUCUCGGCCGUGCCGUUCAUGCAGGCUCUGGAGCCCUACCUGGACUUCGGCAUCGCGCACGGCUCCUUGCUGUCGAUCCAAAAGGACGACAGGAAGGGCGUGUACAGGUUCUUGUUCGACGGUGCAAUUCUGCUCCCUCCAGCUGCCGGACAGCUCGACCAGGACGAGGGCUUCAUCUCGAACGACCCGCAAGGCGGAUACGGGCUCGCACCUGGCCAGGAUGUGCCAUUUGUCAUUCCGUCGGAUCGUAUGGGGAUCAGGACAGCCUUCACCGUCGAGAAGCCCAUGUCCGGAGGUGGCGCACAAGCCGGGUUCGUCUCUAUCAGCGUCGUGGACAUGAUCAACGUCAUCAGCUCGCUCGGCGGAAUGGACUGGCUGAACGUGUGGUUCGACUUCGUCGGAGUGACAGACGAUCCGCGCAAGGCGUCGCAGUUCGACCUGGUCUUCUCGCUUGGCAAGCGCGGUGAAUACCCGAAGCUGCUCCGAGAGGACAUCCUCCGCGAGUCCGCGAACUUCCACGAGGGCCUCGGCGUUGGUCGCGGCGGGGGCACGACGCUCCCCGAGGAGCAAGUCCGCCGCAUCUUUAGCAGCGACCCCAUGAUUAUGUGGAUCGACCCUGACGCGGCUCGCGGAGGAAUCGUAGGAACUCUGCUUCAGAUCAUCGGCGCGGUCAUGGACCAGGCCUUCGGACCGGCCAUCGACGUUCAGAUCAUCCCUGUCGGCUUGACGACGAUCGAACUGAAGGUGUUUUCCAUUGCUGACCUGGCCAUCAGCGACAAGGUUUGGAUUACGAACAUCUUGAUGGAGGUCGUCAUCGACAUGACUCCCGCGCCGCCGUUCGGGUUCGGCAUGGAGUUCCAUUUCUUGAUCGACACGGCGGAGGGAGAAAGGGAGCUCAUCUUUGGAUUUAUGAUCAACUUUGACUGGAAGCUCAACCUGCUCGGUGGAGAGCUGUACGUACUUGUCGAGGAGGGCUUACGGCUGACGCGCUCCCUCGUCAUCUACGAGAUCUACUUGUCGGCGAAGGUCCAGAUUCCUUCGCUCGUACCGUUGGAAUUCGCGAUGGCUGUCGACGGCAGUUACGGCGAUAUUGCGCUGAAGGGCGGCGUUUUCAUUGACUUCGCGAAUCCGGCGAAGCCUGCGUUCGCAUUCAAGGUGGAUGUUUUCGGACUAUUCGGCCGCGAGAUCUCGUACGCCGACCUGAUCCAAGCGCUCCUCGACGACGUGAUGUGGGCCCUGGCGCCGAACGAGCCGACGGUGCAGCUCCCAAGCAUGGUGAAAAAGGGUUUCGACAUCUUCGGGUCAGUCAGGAGGGGACUCAUCAGCUUCAACCCCCUGCCGCUCGUGUAUCGCAUCGGCAGCCAAGUCAUCCAGAGAGGCUACAUGGUGGAGGUGGUGAACUUCAAGUACCUGAUGCUCGAGAUCAUUUAUGGCAAGUUCGAGUACACCUUGGAUCCGCUGCCGAAGAUCGAGGCGGUGCUCAACGUUGCGCCCGUCAACUUCUACGACAUCGCUGAGAUGUACAAGUCGACGGUCGAGACGAACCGGGGACCGUACUGCUUCCUGCGGGCCCGCAUGCUCCCUGGAGGGCGCCGGGCGGCAACUGAGGAGUCUCCCAGCGCGCUGCUCGCUGCGCCUCAAGAGACCGAAAAUGAAUUCAGCCGUCGGGGGCUGCUCGAGCCCAGGGACUUCUUCUUGAUCGACUGCGAAGGCUACCUGAGGUUCCUGAACAUCGAGUUCAAGCUCAGAGCGUAUGGCACGCCAGUAGACUUCGUCGCUGAAAUGGACGGCAGCCUCUUCGGCGGCAAGGCCAUCUUGAGGGCGUCGUUCGCGCUGAACAUGGAUUCAAUCCUUGCGGUGCCGCCUGCGGUCGAGGCCAGGUAUCAAUUCUCCUUGCGAGCAGGAGACGGCAACGAUUCCGUGCUCAAAGCGAUCCUUGAAGGCUACUUGGAACUGUUCUUCGAUACCCUUCGGAGGCUGGUCAGUGAGAUGCUCGCUGUGGCGUACGACAUCAUUCAGACGGCGCGCGACAUGGCGCAGGCAGCAUUCGAAGCUGCGUCAGCAGCUUUCGAUGCUGCAUUCGCAGCCCUGGAAGAGGCGAAGGCCGUCGUCCGGCCUGCAAUCCACGCGGCACGCGGUUCUGAAGGGCACCAUCGCGGCAGAGCGGACGGGUAUUCGUGCAAAUGGUACAAGCCGUGGAAUUGCGUCGCCAAAGCAUUCCACCGUGGCAUGCAAUACAUGUUCGGUGGCAUUGCCGCGGGUCUCGAGGGCGUCUUCAGGGCCGCUGAGGAACUCUUGAACGCGGCGAAGUAUGCACUUGACUUCGCGAAGAAGGUCAUGGAACUCGUGCUCGAGGGCACGACCAUCUUCAUCGGCAUCGUGGAGCGAAUCCUGGAGGAGCUGAUCAACGGGAUCCAGUCCGCGUACAAUACGGCAGCCGACGUCGUCACGUUCUUCGCCGACGCAAUCUUCGCAGUCCGCUCCUUCAAGGUGGACCAGGUCUAUGGCGCAAGGGUCAGUCGUUACAGACUGGAGCUGGAUGCGAACUGGUUCAGCAUGGGGUACUCGACGAUGAUUCUGAACUGCAACUUCAACCUGGGCUCCAUCCUCUCCGAGCUGGUCGCGGGAUCGGUCCCGAAGGUCUGGGACUACAUCCAGUCGCUGAUGCCCAACCCGAGUGACUUCUGGUCGCUGCGCCGCCGAGGGCUCCUGUCGGUGCCAGAAGGCAGCUUCGCGGCCCUCGCCGGAAGCUCCGCUGCGGCUACGGCGCAGUUCCAGCACAUGAAGGGCAGACUGCUCGAGACGGUCAAGAACGGUCGCUUUGCCGACGAUGCUGCAGAGGACCUCAGCGACGAGGGAGCUCCGUUCCGACUGCGCUCGCUACUGCAGGCGUACCCGGUCAACGGAACGCUCUUGCCGUUCGAGACUGCGAGUCCCGAGGAGCUGGCGAGGCUCGACGCCUUCACGUCGUCCUACGACCCUGUCGUGCUCAACGCGGCAGGCGUGACGAACCCACUCGCGCCCGGGCAGCCGAUCGUUCCGUCCAGCGAGCUGACUGCGCAGAUGAGGUCGGCAGUCGGCGACAGCCUGAAUCCGAAAGCAGUCAUGGCGUCGUCUUUGGUGGAGGUCGUGGCAGCCAGUCAGGCAUACGUUCCCGAGGGCCUGCGUCCGACGGUCAGCCCCGUCGACGCGAGGGCGCUGCAGGAGGUCAGCAGUUUCGGUGCUGCGAACCGCACUCUCUGGCUGGGCGUUCAAGCGCGCUCUGACCCGGCAUCCGUCGCUUCUGCAGCCGCUCUGCCCACGUGCACAUCAGGCCUCGUGGGGCGCACGUGGCUUGUACCCAAAAUGGUGUCUGCGGCCAAGCCCGCUCGCGUAUACGAGCGAUCCGGGCGAGUUUACGAGGCGCGGGAGACUUGGUGGCCGGAAGCCGUCCAACAAGGACUGGUGUCAUCCAACGACACCUGGCCUGUCAACUCGACGGAUGUCUUCCAGGCGUGCAAGCUGCCCCUGCAGUCCCUCGACCAGGAACUCGCGCAGUUCGCGUUCAAGUACCUCGGCUCGCGCUUCGUCGCGCUGGACCUGGCCUCAACUUACUCGUUUGAGGUUGCAAACGCGACGCAGUCCUCGUUCGAGACAGCGCGUGAUGGAUGCGGUCUUGCGUUCAACGUCUCGACCACAGAAGGCCACUCGCUUGAGCUCCGUGCGAACAGCGAGCUCAUCGCCGGUGACAUCCCGCAAGCUGGAGCGGCAAACCUGACAGCAGCGGGUCCGGCAGUGAUCGCAGAGCUGCACAAGUGCGGGUCGGCUAACUACUCACAGUAUCUGUCAUUGCUCUCGGAACCCGCCUUGCGGCACCCGAACUUCCCGGGCGGGCCUCUCUGGCUGCCUCCAGGCGAGGGCAACGGCGAUGCCGCUCACCCUCCGCGGUACAUCGCGAUGAAGAUUUCAAACGUUGCCGUCAACCUCACCAUCGGCGACGGCGGGCCGGGAACUACCAGCGUCGCCGAGUUGGCUCUGGCGACGGAGCAGCUCGCCAGUGGAAACGUUGCGCGUGACUUCGCUGCCGCACUGCGAGCCGCGGGCGUCGUGUUUGUCGGCGAGGACGGCGCGGUGCACGAGGUUCUCGUUGGCGGGCUGCCCACCGUCAACAUCGAUCUGUCUGCUGAGAGGGCACGUGCGUUCCCCACGCGGAAGCUCGCGAUGACCUUCGCGGCCGGGUUCGGCAACUCGGGAGAAGCGGCGGCGCUGGCCUCGCUGGAGCGCGCAGUCGAUCAGGGGCUGGCCAGCCAAGUCGAGCAUCUGACGAACCGGACAAACACGGGGAACAACUUCUUCACGGUGGCGAAGCGCGACGACUCGGCCGUGCUCAGGCGCGGCCUUCUCGCGGGGCUGAAUUCAGGUGUCGUCAUCACAGUGCACUUCGGUGGCACGCACGCGCACGACAUGGCGUUGGCAGCCCAUGCUCACUUGUCGUCGGCGUCCUCGCACGCCGCCAUCACACAGGCGGCUGCGAGCAUCGCGGGCGGCGGCGCGGCCUUCACGGUCGCGAAGCUGCCAGCACUCUCCACGAUGGGCGGCCAGCCGAUCCAGGUCUUCGCGCCAGGCGCUCCCACCGCGAACGCCACCAACGCCACCAACGCCACGGUCGUCCCGAAGAUCCAACCGUCCGAGACGAUCGCCCCGCAGACGAGCACGCCGGCCCCGGUCGACGCGGGUGCCAUUCAGCCUGCGAGCACCGCGUCGCCGGGCGCAGGAGCGGUCGCCGCGACCCAGCCUGCAGGAGGAAGUCCUGCGACUGCUGCGACCCCCACGCCGAGCGUCGCGUCGACCGUCGACGUCACGAUGCGGAUCAACGGGGUCACGGCAUGUUCGUCGCAGGUCUCGGCCGCGCUCGAGGGCGCACUUUUGCAGUUUGUCCAGCCUCGGCCGGUGUCGGCGCUGACCAAGUCCUGUGCGGCCUCGGCGGGGCGGCUCCGGUCCCUCCUCGAUCGCGCUCUGCGGCAGGGCGGCGGUGCAGUCUCGCUGGUCGUGCAGCUCUCGUUCUCGGGCCAAGUUGCCGGCUCGAGCGUCAUGCAGAGCAUCAACUCUGCGUCCUCGUCGAUAGUGUCGGCCCUGGUCGCAAGUGGUGUGCCUGCUCAGAGCCUCACGCUGCUGUCAGUCGGCGGUGACUCGGGAGGCGCCGUUGACGACAGCCCCGACGGCAGUCUCGGUGCAGGUCCGAUUGUUGGCUUUAUCGCGGCAGGGAUCAUCGUCGCGGCGGUUGUCACCAUGGUCAUCGCGUUGCGGUCGAGCCCGCGAUUCGCCAGAAUGAUGGCGAGGGCCAUCGGCAGGCAUUCUCGCACUGGCGACGUCGUUCCGGUCGCAACGCGGACGCAGCUCUCGCCUACCGCACGCGAACCGUCCUCGCAGCCCUCCGGGCCGUGGUUCGGGUCUCCUCCCUCAUCGGUUCCGACUCAAGGCCGCGUUGUGGGCUUACAGUCGGCUGUGGAAGGAUUCCGUGCAUCACAAAGCGGCGCGCAAGCAAGGACCACUGGUCCUGUGGUUCCAGGGGCCGCCGAUCGAGCAUCACAUCGGAGCAGCGGAGAGGGCCGCAUGUCGAUCGACAUGCGCGGAGGCGACAUGCCAGUGCCACGGACCCUCAGCAUUCCGUCGUCGCGCACGGGGACGCCUCGCGCGAGCGUGGCAGAGCGCCGCGCCAGCCGUCCGAGCGAGCUCGGCGCGCGCACCGCCUCGCGUAGGUCGAGUGUACCAGUCGGCGCGGCGUUGGAGGAGGGGCGUGGGUAUGCCGCGCAGGUGCGCAGAUCUCUCUCGCGGACUGGCGCACAGCUCCCCGAAGGCCACAUCAUCAGCAGUCCCGCCCAGCCAAGGUCGCGGAUGAGCACACCAGGAGUGAGUGCACGAGGAGUGGGUUCGCCAGGAGCGGGCACACCGGGAGCGGGGGCAGGAGGGAACAACGAGUCCGCGUGA